AUGCUGGUUGGUUCUCUGUGGUACAUAUUUGCCAGCCCUAAUUCUGAGUAUGCUGAAAUUGGUGGUUUUGAUGUUAGACUGAGCACACAGUCAAGGUUUGAUAACAAGAUUAUAAAGAAGAAACGUGUUAUAUGUACAAGUGGUGUUAGGAGGAAACGAAAUUCAAAUUCAAGAGCUAUUGGUUGUCAAGCAAAGAUUAUAUUUGAAUCUGUGUAUGGAAGUCCAGAUUAUAAAGUUUUUCAGUUUGAUGAACUUCACAACCAUCCACUUGAGAAGACAAGCGAUUUAAAAAAGGCAAGACAAAUGUCAUAUUCAGAAAAAGAGUUUAUUGUGCGUGCUUCCACAUCAAAAAUAGGUCCAACUAUGGCUCAUAAGUUGAGGGCAAGUCUGAGAGGUGGGUAUGAGUUUGUAAAGCCCAAAGUAGUUGACUAUAAAAAUUUAACGAGAGAUAUCAACAGGGUUAUUGGUUAUAAAGAUGCCCAAAUGAUAGUAAACACAAUGAAUUACCGUCGAGCUCACUAUCCAAAUUACUCAUUUAAGUUUAAUUGUCAAGAUGAUGUUUUGGAUUGUAUGUUUUGGGCUGAUGAAAUGGAGAAGGCAUAUUAUGCUAAAUUUGGUGAUGUUAUCUCGUUUGAUGCGACUUUCCGAACAAACAAGUAUCGAAUGGUUUUUGUGCCGUUUACUGCUAUUGACCAUCAUAAAAAAUCAGUUACUGUUGGAUCUGGGUUGCUAAGCAAUGAAAGCAUUGAGUCUUACUCUUGGUUGCUUAAAGAAUUUCUUAAAACUCAUGGGAAAGAACCAACACUUGUUUUAACCGAUCAAGAUGCUGCAAUAAAACAAGCUAUUGAGAAUAUAUCAGAUGAUUUAUUUACAAACACAGACUUUAGAAAAAGGUUUUCGAAGCUUGUUUGGGACAUUAAUAUGAAACCUGAUGUUUUUGAGGUGAAGUGGGGUUUGCUUAUGAAGGAAUUCAAUCUUGAAGACACAAGAUGA